GAGUUGUUGCACCACCUGGCGUUAAACAUUAAAAUCUUCAAGUCAAUGAAUGUCAUAAUUUUUCUCACAUUCGUAAAUAGCAGUUUUACAUUACUUUUAUACAAAAAUAACGAAACAUUCAACUCAACCAAUUUUAACAUUGAAUAUUUAAGUAGACAAAAUGGCUCGUGGGCACCAGAAGAUUCAAUCGCAGCAAAAGGCACAAGAAAAGCAGGCAAAAAUAAAAAAGCAGCAAGGCCAUGGACUCAGUGACCAGAUGAAGGCAGCACAAAAAGCGCUUGUCUUUUCCUGUGCCGUAUGCAAGUCACAAAUGCCUGAUCCGAAGACUUACAAGCAGCAUUUCGAGAACAAACAUCCCAAGUCGGAGCUUCCAGCAGAUUUAAAGGAUAUUUAACGCAAACAAGUGAUACAACAAAAAUCGGAUUUACACAGCAGCAAUGCAAUUAUUUGUCCAUUCGAACUCAGCUGAAGAAAGAAGUAAAAACUAACCGGAGUCGAUAUUCCAGUAUCUGAACUAAAUUUACAUGUUCGCAGUAUACAUUAGUGAAAAAACAACAUUCAGCCGUUUGCACUGAGUGAUUGAAGUACAUUCGCCGAAAUUCUACCGUUAUUUAUGGAAAUACAAUAUUCACAAAUAUUACCAUUCGAAAUGUAACAGUUUCCACAAUUCUCCCGGUCUAACUAACUUAAACAGUUGAAUUUUUAAGAAUGAAGGGAAGUUCGUGACUACAGCUACAUUAUGUUCAAUAAAUAACAUCGAAAUAACAA